AUUAGUAUAAACUUCCACUUUCUGCUUAGUAUUUGGUAAGAAUUUACCGCUUUAUGCAUUAUAGCUUGCGCUUAGGAUAAACGGUGGGCGGAGGCGAGACGUGGGCUGCCAUAUAAUUAAGCUUGCCCAUAGGUAAGAAGCAAUAGUCCAACCACUCCUGGACUAUACCUGCAAUUGUUUGGACCGCUGUCCAGUUGUUCGGCCGUCCAAAUGUUGAUGCCCCUACCUGGGGUGUGUUGUGUGCCCCCGUGGCCAAACACCUAGGAUGGCAAACGAUGUCUGUGCUGACUCCUUAGCAUGUGGUUUUGUCAUUAUCAGUUUGCACGAGGCUUCCAUGGCGUAAUGGCCCGUCUCGUGCUUUUUGGCUUCACUGCAACUGCGUAGCCUUGCUCCAUAACAUUUCUUGUCUUACAGGCAGCAUCGCGAAUGGCCACCGCCGCACAUAUCCCCACUGCCGCUCUGAACGAGACCUUUAAAAAGGAGCUAUUUAGCAAGGAGGUUGAAGGAUGGAUUGGCCGCGCCACGCCUGCAGACCGGGAGCGAUUUGAACGCGUGUUUGAGUCCAUUCGGUCCAUCUCGGAGUCGAAGAAGGUCCCCGAUGCUCACGCUGGCUUUGUAAAUGCUACGCUUGAUAAGUUCAAAAAGCGUGGAGGCAGCGCCAGCGCAGCGGCAAACAACGGCACUCGGACGCCUACGCUCAUUCGAGGCGCCUCCGCAGUUGCGGCCAAUGGAUGGUCUUACACAGCAACCCGUGCCGCCCUCGGCCGUGCCGAAACGCAAGCCGCUCUAGCAACGCUGCAGCAGCAAGUUGCGCUCGAGCAAGAAAAGUUCCAAAAGCAGCAGCAAAGGUUCCUCGAGGGAGAUGUUGACAGGCCGCAAAGCGCACCAGGCGGUGUCAACGGCCACGAUGCAGCAGCAACCACCGCGGCUGCCACCGCCGGCGGCACCUCCACAACCACCGGCCGAGACCGGGAGCUCUUGUCUAUUGAAAAUGCGGCCGUGCGCCGCCGUGCAGCUUCCAUGGGUUCGCACUCGCGUUCCAUGCCGGGCAUCAACAGCUCAGCCCUAGACUCAGUCGGAGGCGGACCCGCUGUAGUCACCAGCGCCACCUCCUCCACAGCCGCAACAGCAGGCAGCGCCACCGCCGCCGCUGCUACCAACGUAGCCGCCCUAGCAGCCGCCACCGCUGCUGCCACGCUCGGCUACCCAGCACCUACGGUCAACCCCCCUGCAGCUACACACUCAGCAGCCGCCGCCGCCGUCGCUGCUGCUGUGGCUGCUGCCACCGCGGCUAAUUCCGCCGGCGCUGCGGGCCCCAAACCGCCAGUGGCGACGGGUUCCUCCGGCGGCGCCCGACCCGACAAGGGAUUCGUGCCCUUCCCGCCGCACGUGACGAACUACCAGGAGUCGUACAACCUGCGCAGCUGCUACCCCGAGGUGUACAACCAGGCGCUCGAGGACACCAAGAUUGAGCCGGUGCCCAACUCGACCUUCAUCAGCGAGUGGGGCGACUCGCUCAAGGCGCAUGCUGACGAGGCAGCGAAGCUCUACAUGCGCACCACCUACAACACCGUCAAUGACGAGGUCGUGCGUCCGCGCACGGAGGCCGACGCCACCCGCGAACGCGAGUUCUUCAAAUGGAUGCGCCGCCAGAAGUCCUACUUUGGAGACCUGUUGACCAAGGCCAAGGCGCAGGACCUGGAUUCCAUCCUGGAAGUGGCUGACGACGAGCAGAAGCGCGAUAUUCUGGAGGCCUUCCGCAUGCUGCACGCGGUCGCGGAGCCCUGCUUUGACCGCACGCGCAGCCACAGCCAGGCGGUGCACUGCCCCAUGAGCCGCAUGGAUGACGGCCUUGACGCCAAGAUGGCGCUCAACACGAAGCUGAGGACGAUGGGCGCCGUGGACUCCAUGCGUCGGGUUGGCGGAGGUGGUGGAGGGGCGGGUCGGCGCCCCGCUACCGCCAUGGGGGCUGCGGAGCUCAAGCCCAACAAGGUGAACCUUACCCUGGGUGGCACGGAUGAAGGUGCGGAGGAUGGAGGAGGCGGCGGUGGUGCGAAGGCGCUGAAGCCCUCGCGCCGUCCGGCUACCGCAGGCGCUGCGUUGAGCCGGGCAUCGAAAGGGCCGCAGCCGAUUUUCGAGAAAACCAACGUGUUUAAGAACAAGGCGCCGCUGACGUGGCCGCAUGGCCGUACCGGACCGGAGAUCUCGCACUACACUGAGACCUUUGGCGGCGGGAAGAUUGGUGUGGAUCGCGCGCGACCGAAUUCCGCGAUGUACAAGGCCAGUCCCAUCAAGUACGUGGACGCAUCCUGCCCGUACGGAAUGGUGAACCCCUACACGGCUGCAGCGCCGCUGCGGGCUGCGUACCCGGUACCGGCCGGGUUUGUUGCCCCCGCCACCGCCAUCUUCCCGCAGCCCAAGGGUGACACGGUGUAUCGUAACGAGUUCGCGCCACGUGACACAGCAGACCUGCUGGUGCAGCUGCGCGCCGCCGCCAACCUUGCGGAGAACCAGCGCAAGAUGCUGGACCGGGGCUCCAUUCCCAUGGGGCCGCGUACGGGCGUCAACCUGGUCCCCUCGUCGACUUGGAUUUCGGAGGCCAAGGAUUCGUACGUUCAGUACGAAGUGAACUUGCGUGAUCCGCACGAGCGGGCCCAGGCGAUGCGAACCAUGUUUAGUGGCCCGACUGCCAGCGCCGGUAAGAUGACUGCUGCGGUUCCGGUGCUGGAUAAGAACAAAGCUAACAAGGAGUAGGAUUGUAGGGUAGAGGUACGAACAAAGAGGCAUGCCGUAUGCGUACGUGCGGGGGAUGCUUGAAAGGAGUUUACGGGAUAACAGUGGGGUGUAGGCAACGUCAAAAAACCCAAUGCCGUACACGAGGCGAUGGGACGGCCGAUUGGCUGAAAGAGGCUUGUCCGUUCAAUUCCAUGUGUGCGGGUAGAUACUACUUCUCCUGAGCCACCAAGGCUUGACUGCAGAUAGGGCAUUAACGUGGCAGGUAGAUUACACGUCCGCUGGUAGUUUGUACGGCCUUUUCAUGACUGGGCUUCAUUACACGUUUUGGGAAACAUUUAUACACCGUACACCUGCUGGUGCCGCCGGCAGUAGGGACCCGGAAGAGCCCGGGUGUUUGGCAAGCCAUCUGUGUGUGCUUACUACCUUACUACUUCAUUACGAACCGACUGCUUCACACGGUGUGUUUCGGAGCAAGUUCUUGGUUUCUUCAUGUGAGUCCCGUCAGCCUACUUUGUCGCGCCUGCCUGAUGGCCUGCUGGCAAAAAGAAGAGGCGCGGGGCUUUGGCAUUCAUGGGGGCGCUCCUGGGGGGUGGGCAGCACUGGAACAUGUGGACGUUCCCCAGUGACCAUGACAGUGACAGUGGUACUACUCAGUGUGUGUACUGGUUGGUACCACCCAGUAAUCUAGUAACUCGGAGUAUCGUACGACGAGUUGACCAUGUGCAGUGGUGCAGCUUGGAGGGAGGCAUGCACUGGACGACGAGUUGAAUCUUCUCAGAGGCCCUAAGCAGCUACGGUGGCAGGUUGUGUUUGUUGCGGUGGAUUGGUUUGGAUGUGGGCAGGCGGAAGAGUCCCUUGGAAGGGCAGCGGGUUGUGAGGUGGUGAGGGUGGAGUGGCCGUGGAGGCUGGGCCUCUGCAGGUUUGAUGUCGUAUGAGGUUAGGCAGGUUGGAGUGAGCACGUUGUUCGGUAGUCAAUGGGCCCCCUUUCGGAGGGCUGUCGUAGCUGCCAUGGGUUUGCAGCGGACAGGGACAGGUCUGUACGGUCGUAGUGUCUAGCGACUAGGAUAUGCGUUUACGCUGCCAUCGGUUGUGUGGCCUCCUGUACUGGUUGCCAUAGUUGUUGUUGUGGUGAAGGUGGUUGGCUGGUUCCUCAAUAAACAGCACAGCAGCGGUGCGUUAGCAAUCGAGGGGUCGCCGCCGGGUAGCGGUUUACGCCAUCCCCAUGCCUGUCGCUGUCACUCUAUUACCGUUGUUGGUUGUCAUAGGCAUCCGGAGUUUUGCUUCCUUUGCAAGACAGGGGCAGGGUAUUGCGUAAGAGAGCCAUGUGGGUCAGGCAGGUUUCAUCCGUGUCGUGUAUUGAUUCAUGUGCAGGCGUAUCUGGCAUUCCUCUUCCAGAAGUCCGUGAGGUUCAAAGCCCGAGUGAUUUCACUUCAUACCCCAUACCUUCCAACGGACGGUGCACCGUCCUCCUCCAUUCCGCAGGUACCGUAUUAAUGCACUGUCUUUGCAUGUCCUCGUAGUGAUGGCUUUUGUGGGCUUGAUUAGACAUGCGUCCUUGUAGUGGAAUUGAUGCGCUUGGCCGUUCGUAUGGUGCUUGAAUCUUGUGUCGUGUAUGGGUGCGUGGGGUGGAGCGGAGGCAGCCGGCACGGCUUUCUCAUCCCCUGUCACGGACAGCGAGUGUCCAGAUACCGGGCUCCAUGAAACCUUCAUGCAAUGUGGUCCAUGGUUGUGUCAGGGAGUGGGUCGUGUUAAGAGUGGGGCGCCGUUCCUGGUGCUCGAAAGGCCCACUGCAUGUAAGGUGCGCAUCGCCAACUGGUGACGUGUAUUCACGGGAGAACGUUAUCUACCUUCUAGCGCAUUUGCACCUCUUCUCAACCUUGGUUGACGUACUCACCGUAAGAGACGAAGGGGUCGGCAAGGGUGCACACACCGG